UUCUUUUUAAAUCUGUUUCCUCUCCUAUGCAAACACAUAGCAAAUGAGAAUGAUAAGAAUGAACAUCUCAUCCUACAUGCUAUUCCUAACUCUUUUUCUGUUUUCCCAGGGUUUUUUACUUUCAGCAACAAAAGCUAUGCGAAACGUAGAGGACGGUGGCAUGCUACUGAAUACGUUCAGCCUAGGGAAAGCCCUUCAGAAUGAAGAUACAGCAGAAAAAUCAGGAGUUUCUCCUUCUCUCGAGCAUUUCAAAGCAGAGGAGAGCAGCUUUAUGAAUGAUGAGGAAAACAGAAACCCAAAGAAUGAAGUCUCCAGGCACCAUUUCUUAAGCCAUGGUCUGCCGUUGAACCUGGCUUUUAAACAGUUACCUUACCUUGCGCUGAAAGGAUCAGUAGCAGUUCCAGCUGAUAAUGGAGUUCAGAAUAUUGAAUCAGCACAAGAAAGGAGAGAGACUGGGGAUGAGGAAAACUCAGUUAAAUUUCCUAUAGGAAGGAGAGAUUUUGACAUGCUUAGGUGCAUGCUGGGAAGAGUCUACCGACCUUGUUGGCAAAUCUGAUACCUGUUGGUCCACAUCAUCAUCUCUGAAGAAAACAAAAUCCUGCGGUGGCCAGUGAAAUAAAAUCCUUAUGUUGCUGUGAUUUUGAUAUUGUUAUAGAUGUGUACUCAGUAAAUGAACGUAUUUUGAACCAAAUGCUUAAGAUUUUCUUUAGGUGAUCAAAAUGUAACAAUCUUGUUGUAUAUUAAAAUGAAGAAUUCUGCA